UGAAGUGUCAUGACCACCAGCAUGAAACUUUGCCCUUCAUUCCGCUCCCGAAAACCACCCCAUCAUGAUAAAACUCCCCAAUCUCAUUUCACUUCCUUUCUUUACCAACAUUCCCAUCAUAACAAAAAAACUAACAAUACUUUGCCUCCACCACCCCAUGCAAUAGUCCUUCAAACUUCAAUCCACACACAAAAACAUUCAAUCUAUCUAUCUAUCUGCACAAGCAUGUCAGGUGGAGUUGGUCCAACAGCCUGCGACAUAGCCCUCCCAAAGGAUCAAGAACUAGAGUUCAAAGAACAACAAGACCAACAACCCCUCAAGACCAAUGAGCUAAACAAGAACAAGAAAGCAUCCCCACAACAGUCCCCACUAGGGAUCCUGUCCUUCAGCCAGCUAAACUCGCUGGCAGUAGUAAUAGUGGUCUCAGCGAGCGGCAUGGUGAGCCUGGAGGACUUCGGGUUCGUGUUCUUCUCCCUAAUAUACAUGUACUUCAUCUCCAAGGUGGCCUUCCCCUCUCUGGAGCCCUCUCCCAACGCCAUAAACCCCGAAAGCAAGGUCCUGAAACUGUACGAGGGGGUGGGGGCCACCAUAGGGCUCUUGGCCCCCAUAGCCUACAUUCUGGAAGGAGUGUUCGAGGGGGACAAGGAAGGGAUAAAAGCGGCGGCGCCGCACGUGUUUCUGUUGGCGAGCCAGGUGUUCAUGGAGGGGGUGGCAUCGUCGCACAAAUUCUCGGCGCCGAUAAGGGCUUUUGUGCCAACCUUCUACAAUGCCAGGAGGAUCUUCACCAUCUUGGAUUGGCUCAGGAGUGAGGUCUACAAGGGGGAUGCUGACAAUGGUUGGAGGCUUUACGUUGGGAGAGGCCUUGCCAUUGCUAAUAUCAUUUUCUGGUCUUUUAAUCUCUUUGGCUUCCUCUUGCCUCUCUAUCUGCCCAAGGUUUUGAAGGAGUAUUACUCCCAGACUGGAAUCGACCACAAGAACCGGUGAAGGAAGGACUUAGAUUAGCCUUGCAUUUUAUUUUUACUUAUAAGGUCUUAAACCAUCAUCAUUUUGCCUUCUUUUGCUCAUCUAUAAGUUUUACACACUCAAUGUAUUUGACUCCAUGAAUCA